AUGGCACAAAGACCAGAUUUCGAGGCCGUCCCCUAUCGAGGACCACCGCUAUCCAACGUCCCUGACGACCUCGUUGUACCGGGAGUUCUCAAUUUCGACGAUGACGAGAAAUUAUGGGUGCCGCAGGCGCCCGAUGUCUGGUUUCGCCCAUUACUCUUCAGCACGUCGCAAGGUUACUUCGUCAAUCUGCUGCGCGUGCGUAAGUCCGGCAUCCUUUCAAGACAUCGACACGCCGGCCCAGUCCACGCCACAACGUUGAGGGGUCGAUGGCACUACCUCGAGCAUCCCUGGUGGGCGACAGAGGGGAGCUAUGCCUUUGAACCUCCUGGUGAUAUCCACACAUUAGAGGUCCCGGACGGGGUCAAGGAGAUGAUCACCAUGUUUCAUGUCACUGGGGCGUAUAUUUAUGUUGAUCCUGAUGGGAAUCCCGUCGGAGUUGAAGAUGUUUUCAGCAAGAUUGACACCGCGAGAAAGCAUUAUGAGAGUGUGGGUCUUGGUGCAGAUUUUGUAAAUCAGUUUAUCAGGUAG